AUGUCGAGCAAGGCUGCAUUGAAGGCUGUGCGAGCAGCUCUGGAUGCCAAAGAUUUUGAGGAUGCUGCUGAGAAGGCGAAAACACUUACGAAACAGGAGCCCCAGAAUUACCAUGCACACGUAUUCCUUGGUCUUGCCAACGAAAAAUUGAACAAGAAUGACGACUCGGAACGGGCAUAUCUGGCAGCAACUCGCGUCAAGAAGAGCGACCGCACGGCUUGGCAGGGAUUGAUCAGCUUGUAUGAGAAACAAGGCAGCCACAAGCUGGAGCCAUAUCGCGAGGCAGUUCUCAAUCUCGGGCAAAUAUUCGCCGACGGUGACGAAAGGGGACGCUGCCAGGAUGUGGUGGACAAGUACACGAAGCUGGCCAGGAAAAAUGGAACGAGGGCGCAAUACAAGCGGGCGCUCGAGCUCCAUCUUCCCAGUAGCCCCCUCUACGACUUUCUUGAAGGACGCCUACCUCACCCUGCUCAAACUUACCUUCGCCUGAUUGAAAUCACCGAGGCAGAAGAAAAAGAGUUUAUAAACCGCGAAAUCGGAGAACGCAGGACCCGGUUGGGUGCUCGAAUCGACCAGGUUACGGUGGAGGUGAAAAGAGAAGCAUACAAGCGAAGCGGCAUGGAGCAAUUGUACCAAGGCAUUAUCGACUGGUCUCACGACGAUGCUGUCCGGCGUCAAUACGAGGAGAAACUUCUGCAGCGCGCGUAUGAUGAGCUGAAAGUUGUCUCUGCUGGUGAAAAGAAGACUAAACGAGAUGAGAUUCUCCGGUCAGCUCGAGAAAUGGUGAUUAUCAAACAUCCAUUCGAGCUUGCGUGGCAGAUUGUCCUGGAAUGGCAGGACAUUGAGGAUUACUCCCAGUGGGAUGUUGGGCUUCUUCGCGAGUACAUUGAGUUUUUCCCGGAAUCUGGGCUCAGCAAAGUCCUCAAAGGAUUUCUUUCCAGCGAGAUAUCCCCAUUCCCACAGGAUGACUCGACCGGGAAAGAUGAGAAAGAUGCUUCGGUGACUGUCAAAGACUUUGAAAAUGCCGACACCAAUGAGCUGGCCGCCCAGGAUCGUCUGAUCCUGAUGGUGGAAGGUCUUGAAGCAGCUCGUUCCUCGAUUAUUUCCCACCGGAUCAUGUCCGAUCUCUACCUUUUACUUGAGGAAUAUGAGAGCGUAGUAGAGGUGGCCCGGAAGGGACUGCAAAAUAUCAAAGAAUUGGUCCAAAGCGGAGCAAUCGACAUCCCAAACAUGAUUGAUUCUGUCAAUAUCACACUCGCUAACGCAUUGAUUCAAUACCAAUCGCCCCGCCACCAUCCAGAAGCCAAAGGAAUCUUCGAAAACAUCCUGCAGCGGAAAUCGACCUCUACCAGCUGUCUCCUUGGCAUUGGUGUGAUACUGGAAGUGGAUGAGGAUUAUGCAGAUGCUGUCAACUUCUUGGAGCGUGCACUGCACCGUGACCCUUCCAACAUCAAUAUACAGGGCGAACUUUUCUGGUGCAGGGCGCUGAGCGGAGACCUUGAUACAGGGCUUGCUGGCCUUCAAGAUGCACUGGCAAACCUGAAAGAGGCACAGCCGGAAAACAAGGACUUUAAAUCCAGUCUUCUGUACCGUAUCGGUCACUGUCAAUGGGAGUUGAACCCAUCGCCGGCAGCAAGAAAAGAUCGAAGCGGCGCCUAUUCUAGCUUCCUGGCAUCCAUUCAAGCAAACAUGAACUACGCCCCAGCAUUUUCAAGCCUUGGCUUCUACUACGCGGAUUACAAGAAGGACAAGAACAGGGCGCGCAGGUGCUUCCACAAAGCGUUCGAGUUGUCUUCAUCAGAAAUUGAAGCUGCUGAACGUCUUGCUCGUGGGUUCGCCGACCAGAAGGAGUGGGAUCUGGUGGAAGCAAUCGCACAGCGGGUGGUAGAUUCGGGCAAGGCCAAACCUGCACCUGGAUCAAAGCGCAGGGGGUACAGCUGGCCAUAUGCGGCCCUAGGAACAGUCCAGAUCAACAAGCAGCAGUAUUCUCGGAGCAUUGUUUCGUUUCAAGCAGCUCUUCGGCUUGCCCCCGGUGACUAUCAUUCCUGGGUGGGCCUUGCUGAAAGCUAUCACCACUCCGGUCGAUACAUUGCUGCCACCAAGGCUUUCGAACAUGCACGGACUUUGGAAUCAAAUCUUUCAGAUGAAGAGAAGGAGCAGAUCUGGUUUGCGCGGUACAUGCUAGCAAACGUGAGACGGGAGCUUGGCGAAUACGACGACGCUAUCAAUAGCUACGAAGAUGUCUUGAACUCGCGCCCUAACGAUACCGGUGUGACGAUCGCGCUUCUUCAAACUCUGGCGGAGAGCUCGUGGAAGAGCCUGGAUUCUGGUCUAUUCCACGAUGCUUCAGAGCUUGCACAAAAAGCAAUCCGCGUGGCUAGCUCUCUAGCGCAAGUUCGCAGUGACAUCUUCAACCUAUGGAAGGCUGUGGGCGAUGCCUGCGCCAAUUUUUCAUACAUGCAGAAAAAGGUUGAGGCCUUGUCUGCGUCUGACUUGAAAGCAUUGCUGGUCAUUCAGCUCGAUCCUGCUGCCCUUGAUCUCAUGACGGAAAUCGACGGGGUUGGGAAGGACUGGCUCAAGCCUAGUGAAGAAGAUUCCAUGUCGACUGACUUGUGCAUCUACCUGUCCAUUCUGGCUUACAAACGUGCUAUUCAUGUCUCUUUGCAAGAUGUGCAUGCUCAAGCCGUUGCGUGGUACAACCUCGGUUGGUCCGAAUACCGAGCCUAUCGAAGCGUGAAUCUGGCUUCGAGCAGCACGAGCAAGAAGCCGCGCCAAUUUCUCAAGGCGUCGAUGCGGUGCUUCAAGAGGGCAAUCGAGAUUGAAGCCGGGAACUCCGAGUUCUGGGACGCGCUUGGUGUGGUUACUACCAGCAUGAGUCCCAAGGUCGCGCAGCAUUCGUUUGUAAGGAGUCUGCAUUUGAAUGACAGGAGCGCGCAGGUCUGGACCAACCUCGGUGCGCUCUACCUGCUGCACAAUGACAUCCAACUUGCCAAUGAAGCAUUUACGCGCGCACAGUCCACGGACCCGGAUUACUCGCAGGCUUGGCUUGGCCAAGGGUUCCUUGCGCUUCUUUUUGGAGACUCGAACGAGGCACGCGGUCUCUUCGAGCAUGCCUUUGAUAUCUCUAAAUCAUCUUCUAUGCUUCCGAAGCGCCAGUACACAUUGACUCUGUUCGACCACCUUCUUUCUGACGCCUCUGCAUCCAACGAGGUGUCCCAACUCAUCCAACCAUUCUUCGCUCUGCAACAGCUCUGUAGCCAAAGUCCAUUUGACCUGCCGUUUGUGCAUCUCUCGGCCCUCUUGGCGGAAAGAAUGGGCGAAAUCACGGACGCCGAGUCCAGUCUGCAGGUGGUUUGCUCGAGCAUGGAAACCGAGUUUGAGGAGUCCGAGUCGCCAGCUGCCCUGUCCAAGUUUGCCCAGGCUAAUGCAGACAUGGCUCGCAUUCUCCUUGCGCGGCACGAGUACGAGGAGGCUGCGGAAAGAGCUGAGACAGCGCUCACCCUAUCUGGCGAAGAGGAUGCGGAGAAGUUCGACCCUGAGACAUGCAGCAAACUUCGCCUUUCAGCACAUCUGACUGCCGGACUGGCGAGCUACUACUUGAAGUCGAUGGACCGUGCCAUUGACAUGUUCCGCGACGCUCUCCAAGAGGCGAACAACGCUCCAGAUGUGGUCUGUCUUCUUGCCCAGGUUCUAUGGGCUAAGGGCGGCGAGGAAGAGCGGUCUGUCGCUCGACAGCAGUUGUUCGAUUGCGUAGAGAACCACCCCGACCACGUUGGAGCGGUCACUCUUCUUGGGGCCAUUGCUCUCCUCGACGCAGACCGCGACGUCAUCGACGCGGUCGAAUCGGAUCUCCACAGCAUGAUCACUCGCGACGACAUUGAGCAUCACGAGCGAGCCAAGCUAAUCAAACUUCUGACUGCGAUUUCGACCAUGGGUUUCACCGGUGAUGCAGCGCUUCCCGAAGGUACAAGGCGCAUCGGUGAGGCCACAGCGGCGGUGAUGCUGUCUCCCGCCCAGCCGCAGGGCUGGAUGGAACUUUCAGCUGCCUCGCAAAGCUCGUACCCUGCACAAAUGGCUGUCGAGCGGGCGCUGCGGAGUGUGCCUCCUCGUGGCAACCUCGAUGCCGUGGAUCUCAGUCAGGCCUACGUGCAGACCGGCAAGACCGGUGACGCUCUUCGAGGCAUUAUGGUGGCACCGUGGAAACGGCAAGGGUGGGAGGAAUUGGAUCAUACUCUGUCCAGCUUAGCAUAG